CUCCCAGCUUACCGCAGAACGAAAAACAACGACAACAACACGAGACAACAACAGCGACAAUUUACCGGUAUGUCCUUCGAACCCCCACUCCCCCCCUUCAACGCCUCGGAUCCGCACGCCACCUUCCUGAGCUCCACAUGCCUGGACCUGCUCCUGAUCGAGCUAGUCCCGCUCGCGCACCGACUCUCCCAACAGCUGGCGGAGACGCCGCACGACUCGCUGCAUGGCGACGACGACGAGGACGAGGUGCGCGAAGCCGUCUUCUACCGCCUGGAGAUGCUGGGGUACCGGGUGGGGUACGGGCUCGUGGAGCGCUUCUCGCGCGAUAGGCCGCGCAUGAACGAUACGCUUGACGUCAUCAAGUUCGUGUGUAAGGACCUUUGGACCAUUGUCUUUAGGAAGCAGAUUGAUAACCUGAAGACUAAUCAUCGGGGGGUUUACGUACUCACGGACAAUUCUUUCAAGCCCUUCUCCAGGAUGAGUGCGGAGACAGGGGGGAAUGCGGUUGCUAGGGCUCAGCCAUUUCUCUGGUUUCCAUGUGGGAUAGUUAGGGGUGCUUUGGCAAAUAUGGGGGUUAAUGCGAGUGUCCAGGCAGAGACGACGGAGCUGCCAGCUGCUACUUUCAAGAUAGAGACUUUGUCGAAGCCUGUGGCGCAGAUUUAGGCUCCUUCCUUGCCUUCUAUGAUAUCAUUUUCUAUUUUUUUGCUCCUUUUUUUUUUUUUUUUUUUUACUUUUAUCGUGGCACAAUUGUGGCGCUGGCGGGAUAGAUUUAGAUUCGAUUGUUUCAAUUUUUUGAGCUCCUAUUUUGAGGCGAGUGUGGCAUUAUCUGGACAUCGCACUUUAUCACCCAGGAUACCGGUAUCUGGAAUUAUCUAAUGGCUGGAUGUAGGAUGUUUUUUUU